CACUGAGUGUGGCCUGUACAAGAGGACAUACAGUUAUUGUAGAAUUGUUAUUGAAACAAAAUGCUGAUAUAUCUCAUUAUAACAGUUCUGGUAUGUUUCCAUUGUUUAUUGCAUGUAAAGGAGGAUACAUGGACAUAAUUAUACUGUUUCUACAAAACAAAGCAGAUGUCUCUCAGUGUAACUCUGAUGGUGAGUCUCUAUUGUAUGUCGCAUGUCAAGAAGGACAUAUAAAUAUUGUGAAACUGUUACUACAGAACAAAGCAGAUGUGUCACAGUGUAACAAAUCUGGUGAAACUCCAUUGCAUGGGGCCUGUAGAAGGGGACAUACAGAUAUAUUGGAACUGUUACUACAGAACAAAGCAGAUGUCUCUAGGUGUAACACAUCCGGUGAGUCUCCAUUGUAUGCGGCCUGUAAUGGAGGACAUUCAGAUAUAGUGAAACUGUUAAUUCAGAACAAAAUGUAUGUCUCUCAGUGUAACAAAUUCGGUGAGUCUCCAUUGUACAUGGCCUGUAAAGGGGGACAUGAAGUUAUAGUGGAAUUUUUAUUGAGGAAAAAUGCUGACAUAUCUAAGUGUAAUAGUAAUGGUGAGUCUCCAUUGUAUGUGGCCUGUGAAAAAGGACAUACAGAUAUAGUUGAACUUUUGCUACAUAACAAAGCGGAUGUCUCUCACUGUAACAGUUCCGGUCCAUUGUUUGUGGCCUGUAAAGGAAGGCAUGCAUAUAUAGUGAAUUUGUUACUUCAGAACAAUGCUGAUAUCUCUCAGCGUGAAAUACAAGAUGGAAAGUCUUCUUUUCAUGCAGCUUGUGAUUCAUGUCGAAGUGAUUUAAAAAAAUCAGACUUAUUCAGACAAAUUAAAACUGUAAAACUGUUACUUGAAUGGAAUGCAGAUGUUAGAAUAUGUGAUAACAAAGGUCAGACACCACUUGAUAUUGCCCGAAAAUUAAAACGCAUUGAAAUAUUUUUCAUCUUCUUGAGACAAACAGUCAUUGAACUCAGGGAUGUUAAAAUUUACAUAAACUUUAAAUUUCACAUCCUAAAAUAA